CAAGCCAACCGAGUUGAAGAAGUUCGCCGGUGAGACGCUCGGCGUCGACGCCUACGGAUGGCUUCACAGAGGAGCCAUUGCCUGCGCUGUUGACCUGGCCAAGGGCAACCCCACCCGCAAGUUUGUAUGCCUAACACUGCAUCAGAUAUGUCGACUUCGCCAUGCACCGGGUGAGGAUGCUCAAGCAUUUCGGCGUCACACCAUACAUGGUCUUUGAUGGCGACUUCCUUCCCAGCAAAGCCGCCACCGAGGGAUCCCGCGCUAAACGCCGUGAAGAGAGCAAGAAGGCUGCCAUGGAGCUCCUCAGAGCCGGAAAGUCGUCACAAGCAGCCCUCGAGUUUCAGAAGGCCAUUGAUGUCACACCAGAAAUGGCUCGCAACCUCAUUGACGAAUUGAAGAAGAUGAACAUUUCGUACGUCGUUGCACCGUACGAGGCUGAUUCUCAGCUCGUUUACCUCGAACGCCAAGGCCUCAUCAACGGCAUUCUGUCGGAGGACUCCGAUCUCUUGGUUUUUGGUUGCAAGCGGCUCCUCACGAAACUCGACCAGUACGGCAAUUGCAUCGAGAUCAACCGGAGGGAUUUCUGUGCGGUUCGGGAGGUUUCUCUUACGGGGUGGACAGAUGACGACUUCCGCCGCAUGGCUAUUCUCAGCGGGUGCGACUAUCUUGAGGGCAUCAACAACAUGGGUCUCAAGACGGCGUACCGGAUGAUUCGCAAGUACAAGACUGUUGAUCGACUGGUCCGGAUGAUCCAGUUCGAGGGAAAGCACCGUGUAUCAGAGAAUUACAUGUCUCGGUUUGCUCAGGCGGAGCUCACAUUCAUUUACCAAAGAGUCUACUGUCCGACAACGAAGCGGCUGGUGUGUUUGACAGAACCUGAGGAAGGCAAGGGUGUGGAGGAUAUGCCGUUCAUUGGCGGCUACGUCGAGCCGGCCAUGGCUACGGCAAUUGCACUCGGAGACGUCAACCCUAUCACCAAGGAGACCAUCAUUCCCGCGCCCAUGCCUGGCUCCAAGACCGAUACGAAGAGAAGACAUUCCCAGUCCGCCGAGGCCCUCGCGGCUGCCUCUUCAUCGUCGACCCGCACGCGACAACCGACUAAGCCGAUUGAUUCGUACUUCAAAGGACACCAGCGUAUUCCGAUGGGUGAAAUGGACCGCAAUUGUUUCUCUGUCGAUCCAGAGAGAGUUGCCGCUCUUACUCACAACGGCCUUGUUCCCAGAGUCUUCCCCCUCCCUAGGCCAUAUGUCGGCAACACUUCAUCAUCACAGCCAGCCGUCAGCUCUCGCCCCACACGAACCGCCCGUUCAAAUACCUCCCCUCGCCUCUUACGACGACGGACCGAGCCCAUCCAGGACUUACUGCAACAAAAUGCUCCUAGCAGCUCUGACGGAACCCGUCGUAUCACCGUUGGUGAUGCGACAAAUACCCUGGUCGAUAUUGAUGCGCUAAUGAAAGGCGGUUCCCAACGGCCUCCCAAGAAGGUCCGUCUCUGUGCAGACACGGACAUCACCGAAACGAAAACUGAGGAAUCCCAAAAGAGCAAGUUCUUCUCAAAGAAUGGAAGCUCGAACAGCAAGAGCAAGGACAGUUUCCUGUUCUCAGACGACUCCAUCGACGAGGCACUGCUCAAUCUCCCCGACAUUGACGGAUGGCAUGCCCCGAAGCCGAAGUCAAUAUCGGUCUAUGAAGAGAGUCAGAACACGAAUACGGGAACGGAGGCAACUGCCGGCACGGACAGCCAGUUCAGCAAGGACGGGGAGAUAUCAGCUACGCCGCAGACUGAUCUGUCCGAAGUAGAUGACGUCGAGCCGACCAAGCCUGUCUCGUCACUCCCAGAGAAGAACAUGAGACGGACGUCACUACAGCGAUUUGCCUUCAGUUCUCAGCCCAGCCCUGCCGCCUCAAGCCAGCCUGACACGCCGAGCACCAUUGCCUCUCAGCAAUCAUCGACUUUCACGCCCUCGACCGCUGCCCCCUCCACUGCGGCAUCCUCAAUCACCUUUUCGGCUAGCUCAAUCGCAGCCGGUCCGUCCAAGACCACUCCGCUUCUCACUCCGCUGCAGCGGAUGGGAGCCCGUGCCCUCCAGCGCAAAAACCCGCCUGCCCGGCGGCCCCUGUCUCCAACUAAGAGCACGAUACAGCGGAGCCCCAAGCGCAGUCCCCGGAAGAGCCGGCUACUCAAGUCGUUCCCCGUCAACCCGUCGUUUGUGCCUCUGCCCAAGGUCGACCUGGCCGAGGUCGAGGCUCUGAACGCGCCGUGCGGAAGCGAAGACCAGAUCAUCCCCGAUAGCGACGGCGAGAUUGAUGACGAUGUCUUUGCCCAAGACCUUGGCCAGAAGGACGACAGCGACUCCAUGCCCAAGGCACUGAACCUUUCUCGGUUUGUAUACAACUGAAGCAAUUAUUAACCACAUGUCGAUGCGAUACCCACAAACGUUGCGUCAUUAUUUUGUUCUAUCCACUUUGGAAGCAGGCGU